AUGGGAGAACGUCUUAACAUCGAUGCAUCUGACAAUAAACCUAAAGGACAUUAUUACGGUGAACCCAAAAAAUAUGACCCAACUUUCGAUGGACCAACUUCUAACAGGAGUUGUACAGAUAUUAUUUGCUGUUUUGUGUUCGUUUUGUUCAUUGUUGGCCUCGGAUUGAUCAGUGCCAUUGGGUUCCAGAGAGGUAAUAAGGAAAUAUAUAUUUAUCCAACAGAUUACUUAGGUCAAGUAUGUGGGAUGUCAGAAUCUGUAGUAGACAAACCCUAUCUAUUCUUUUUUGACUACCUGGUGUGUUUGAAUGAGGUAAAACCUCCUAAACCAGACUGCACCACAUCGCUGCAAGUAUGCGUUGACGAAUGCCCAAAGGAAAACUAUGCCAUCGAAGCUCGAUACUCCAAAAAAUUAGAUGAUCCGAACGUCGAUGUCAAUUCCAUCGAUUGGAAUGAUUUCAUUUGUAUCUAUGGAUUAAAUGCAAAAGAUGAAGUAAAUAAGUCUGAUGCCACCAUAAAGGACCUUUUGAAUGACAAUAAAUGUGCAAACUUUUACACAAAAAGUGAUGUGUUUACCAGUCGCUGUUAUCCCAAAUUCUUAGUUUCUGACACGUUAUCAGAAAAGAACACCACACCGAAUAAUCGACAAAUAACCGAAGAAGAUCGCGCUGUCGCAUAUGACCUGCUAAACCUUCUUCAAAGCUAUGAACGUUUUAAUAACACAGUCGAGGAAUUCAUAGAAACGUGGCCGUAUAUGGUAGCUGGUAUUACGAUAUCAAUGUUCGCUUGUCUGCUUUACAUUGUUUUACUGCGCAGGAUUGCAGCCAUUAUGGUUUGGAGUAGCCUCGUAUGGUUGUAUGCACUUUUAGGGUACGGAACCUACUUCUGUUGGAAUGAACGGAACUGCAUAAGAAAUCAUGAAUCUGAUUGUACUUCAGAUAGAUCUUCAUUGGAUUAUAACGAACUUGUGAGCUACCUAAAAAUGGAGAGAAUCUGGUAUAUAUCAGCUAUUAUAAUGAGUACAAUAUUACCAAUUCUCACCCUAGUUGUGUUAUUACUAAUCAAGAAUAUUCGCAUUGCAAUUGCUUUAAUCAAAGAAGCAAGUACAGCAGUUUCAUCAGUACAUUUUUCUCUCUUGUGGCCUAUCAUCCCGUUCAUCAUGCAGCUAGCCUUUCUAACAUUUUGGGCAUUUAGCGUAAUCUUCAUAGCAUCCAUUGUGGAACCACCAUACCAGAUAGUUAACUCGGAUUCAACCGACGAGUAUACAGACGGUGCAAGUUGUAAGCCCACUGUAACUCCUCGUCGACGUUUCCGAUUGUUGUUGAUAGCAGAGGUGUGCCAACGUUAA